GCUAUAGUUAGACCACCCGAGCUAGUAUAUAAGGCCCCAUAGGAUCAGCAUUUACAUGUCAGUCACACCGACUUGGCGAAGGCUUCUCCUCUCUUGACCAAUCCCCAAAACUCCACAUAACCUUGAGAGAUGGCACCCAAGAAGGCCAAGAGGAGGCAGGCAGCAGAGGGCGGUAGCUCCAACGUGUUCUCCAUGUUUGAGCAGAGCCAGAUCCAGGAGUACAAGGAGGCCUUCACAAUCAUUGACCAGAACAGGGACGGUAUCAUCAGCAAGGAUGAUCUGAGGGACGUGCUGGCCUCCAUGGGCCAACUGAACGUGAAGAAUGAGGAGCUGGAGGCCAUGGUCAAGGAGGCCAGCGGCCCAAUCAACUUCACCGUCUUCCUCACCAUGUUCGGCGAGAAGCUGAAGGGUGCUGACCCCGAGGACGUCAUCCUGAGCGCUUUCAAGGUCCUGGACCCUGAGGGUACCGGCACAAUCAAGAAGGAAUUCAUUGAGGAGCUGCUGACCACCCAGUGCGACAGAUUCUCAGCUGAGGAGAUGAAAAACCUGUGGGCUGCCUUCCCCCCAGAUGUGGCUGGCAAUGUGGACUACAAGAACAUCUGCUACGUCAUCACACACGGAGAGGAGAAGGAAGAGGAGUAAAACCCCUUCCGUCG